ACAAAUAAAGUCAACUAAACCCCACAAGAAGCACAGUGCACUUCACUCGCAGCCUAUCAAAAUUCCUUACCAUAAGUUUCCAAGAAACUUCGACUUCUCUUUUUUGAUUAGUUAAUAUCUAUCUCAUUGACCCAAGAAGAGUUGGUUUCCUUCUCCGCCACUCCUCUUUCUAGCCCAAUUCCCCCCUUCUGCUAGGUUUUUCUCAAUCUCAGACACGCACACCACACACACUGAAGCCUCACAAACAUUCCCCCCCUUUUUCCGGGUUAUUCAGUGGUAAUAUGAAGGUGAAAUCGGAUAUUUCUGGCGACGGUAAUGUUUUCCCGCCGGGAUUCCGAUUCCACCCGACUGAUGAGGAGCUCGUGCUUUACUAUCUGAAGCGGAAGAUCUGCUGCCAGCGCCAUCUUCUCGACGUCAUCGCUGAGACCGAUGUUUACAAGUGGGAUCCCGAGGAGUUACCUGGGCUGUCGAAACUGAAAACAGGUGAUAGGCAGUGGUUCUUCUUUAGUCCAAGGGAUAGGAAAUACCCAAAUGGAGCAAGGUCUAAUAGGGCAACAAGGCAUGGAUAUUGGAAAGCAACUGGGAAGGACCGUGUCAUCUCAUGUGGUGCUCGUGCUGUUGGUUUAAAGAAGACUCUGGUCUUCUAUAGAGGUCGUGCACCUAAAGGAGAGCGCACGGAUUGGGUGAUGCACGAAUACACCAUGGAUGAAGAAGAGCUGAAAAGAUGCCAGGCUGCUACGGAGUACUUUGUGCUGUACAAGGUCUACAAGAAAAGUGGGCCUGGUCCCAAAAAUGGUGAGCAAUAUGGUGCACCGUUUAGGGAGGAGGACUGGGCUGAUGACGAAGCUGAAGUACCAUCUCCAAUUGAGAAGGAAAUUAUACUGAAUCCGGUUAAUGAAACACCUCCUGCCAAUAUUACUAAAUUGGUUGAUUUUCAAGACCUUUCCUCACUUGAUUAUCUUGAGGAAAUCAUGAACCAAAUUGUAGAUGAGCCCCUCCCUGUUCAGCCACCAGUCGUUGAUCAUGAGUUUAAUCUAGAUCAGUUUGCUGGUGAGGAAACUUAUAGUUCGUUGGUUGGCAAAUCCUCCAGGGACAUUUCUUUGGCAGUUCCCCAACCAUUUUUACAGCAACCUAUUCUAGCAACUAGUUUUGACCUCACACAGUCGGGCACAUCUCAAUUCCAGACUACCGACGCACCUGAGGUUUCUUCUGCCCCAGUUGCUAAUGUGCUAAAUUCUCGUGCCACUGAUGAGACCUUCCUCGAAGAUUUUCUCGAAUUGAAUGAUUUGGGCCCAGAUCCAACUGCACAAAACCCUGGUGAACUGGUUAAAGAUAUGGAUGAGUUUCCAUUUGAUGAUUUGGAUUGUCUGCACGAGCUUGAACUGUUUCAAGAUGCACCCCUCUUUCUUUGUGAUGCGGGGCCUGAUGAGUCCAGGCAGACAUCUCAAUCAUACACGAAUAGCUUUAGAAAUGGAGCUAUUGAUCCAACCUCAAGCUGCUAUAUGAACAACGUUGAGAAUACUACAACCUGCAUUCUUCAGCAACACUUUAACAAUUCCGACGGAAUCAGCUAUGAGAUGAGCACUGACGGCCAAAGUUGCAGUGUCGUAACCGAGGCACACACAAAUCAGGGAUUCGUUCCUCCAUCGACUUCAGGUGUUUUACAUCAAAAUCCGAAUUAUGGUUUUAUAAAUCAUUCUGCCGGAGCAAAUCAAAAUGGAAGUGGCAAACAGGAUGAUGGUGGUACAGACUCAUGGUUCUCCUCUGCUCUCUGGUCCUUUGUGGAGUCUAUACCAACAACUCCUGCUUCAGCUUCUGAAAGUGCUUUGGUGAAUAGGGCUUUCGAACGAAUGUCUAGCUUCGGUAGAGUAAGAAUGAAUGCCAGAAACUUAAAUGUUACUGCAGGUAAUGCCAUGGCAACUUCUAGAAGUUCUGGCAAAUCUAGAUCUGGUCUUGUCUUUUUGUCUUUGUUAGGAGUAAUGUGUGCUAUAUUAUGGAUGCUGAUUAGAACCUGACUGAUUGAUGGAUAACACUAUUAUGUGGUAUUCAUUUAUAUGUUAAUAGGGAGUUUUUGUUCCGGUGCCUCGCCGGAUCAUCAUUGGAAAUAUGAAUGCAGUUUUGAAAUA